AUGCCUCCAAAAGAAGCACCUAAGAAAUGGAAACCUCCUAAGGGUCCCAAGCCCGUCCACCGUAAAAACAAAAAUACUAUCGGACUGGGAAGAGCCAUCCAAACUGCUCGUGCGAAAGAAAAUGAAAUUCAAAUUUUGCCAGAUGGUGAAAUGCGGUUUACCACUGACAAGCAUGAAGCUAACUGGGUGAAGUUAAGAUCUGUGACACAGGAAUCUGCGCUUGAUGAGUUUUUGAACACUGCAGAACUUGCUGACAAAGAUUUUGCUGCAGACAGACACUCUAAUGUAAAAAUCAUCAGGAUGGACGCUGGAAGCGACUCGAGAUCCCAGGUUGUAUCGCUGAGCAAUAGUCAGAAACAGCAGCUAAGUGAAAAACAAAGAAGCCAAGCUGAAAAUCUAAUCGUUCCUAGAAGACCUGCGUGGACUGAGAGCAUGACUCGAUUGCAAUUAGAUAGACAAGAAAAAGAGGCCUUUUUGAAUUGGAGGCGAAAAUUGGCUACUCUUCAGGAAAACAACGAAGAUCUGCUCCUCACACCUUUUGAAAGAAAUAUCGAGGUGUGGAGACAACUUUGGAGAGUCAUUGAAAGAUCGGACCUAGUAGUUCAGAUUGUCGAUGCCCGUGACCCGCUGCUCUUCAGGUCGAGAGAUUUAGAGCUUUACGUCAAGGAACUACACGAGGGAAAACAAAACUUGCUUUUGGUCAACAAGGCUGAUCUACUUACCAGAAGACAAAGAAUAAUGUGGGCCAAGUAUUUCUUGUCUAGGGACAUAUCGUUCACUUUCUUUUCCGCUGCAAGAGCAAAUGAAAUCCUAGAGAAGCAGAACGAGCUUGGCGAAGAUUACGUUCACAAAGAGGUACAAGAAGAAGAGAUCCCAGAGCUUGAUGGUGAGAUAGUUGACGCUGAAGUGCUAGAAAAAAUCAAGAUUCUGAAGAUUGAUCAGCUAGAGAACUUAUUUUUGGACAAAGCACCUAAAAGUCCUCUCAUCACACCCCUACCUGGAAAAGAUCCCAUAAUACAAAUCGGUUUGGUCGGGUAUCCCAAUGUUGGUAAGUCCUCGACCAUUAAUGCCCUUGUGGGAGCUAAAAAGGUCUCGGUGUCUGCGACGCCAGGUAAAACUAAACACUUCCAAACCAUCAAGCUAUCGGACCGUGUCAUGUUAUGCGAUUGUCCGGGUUUAGUCUUCCCUAAUUUUGCGUACAAUAAGGGUGAGCUUGUUUGCAACGGUGUAUUGCCAAUUGACCAACUUCGAGACUACGUGGGACCUUGUAGUCUAGUCGCAGAAAGAAUCCCCAAGUACUUUAUCGAGGCGACCUACGGUAUACACAUUCAGACUAGAUCAGAGGAAGAAGGUGGAAACGGCAUUCCUACUGCUCAAGAAAUUCUUGUUUCUUACGCUAGAGCACGCGGUUACAUGACCCAGGGGUUUGGUGCUGCCGAUGAAUCUCGUGCAAGCAGAUACAUUUUGAAAGAUUACGUGAAUAGUAAACUGCUUUACGUUAAUCCUCCACCUCAUCUGGAAGAUGAUGCGCCCUUCACCAAAGAGGAAUGUGAAGAAUUUAACAAGGAGCUCUACACUUUCGACAAGCUUCCUCAGUCUAGACAAGAACAGCUGGCCGAGGCCGCUAAGCAUAAGAACAUCGAGGACUUCGAUCUGGCACGUGAUCUGGGCAAACUGACGUUCUCCGCCCAUAUUGGACAAGGAGCCGAAGGCCAGGAGGCUAGAUCAGUAAACCAUGGUGGUAAGCAGGCUGCUCUUCACAAUGCCGCUCACGAUCUUGACAACGAGUUUUUCAAAAUGAACAAUGUGCAAGGACAUCUAACAAGUCCUUUCCAUAAAUCUCAGAACAGCUCAGAAAACGGAAAGAGACACAACAAGAAAAACAAGAAGAGCAAAAAGAAGUCAUCGGCCUUGGUCGACUAA